AUCCACGCUGGUGCCGUUAUUUCAAGGCAGUGACGUCACGAACAGGUUGUUGCCAAACAAAAAGGUAGCCUCACUUUCACCUGAAUCACGUGAAGUUUUUCCUGUAUAAAACAAAUCCAAAUGCGAUGUCUGAAAGAAAAUCUCACACGGUCUACAGGUGAAUGCCAAUAGUCAUCCCUCCAGCUCAGGCAAUGCCUGCAAGCGGCACUGUCGUGACGUCAUCAUUCCACCACCGUCAGGUGCUCGUCGAACGACGGUCGAGUGGCAUGGCAGCAGCGUCCCCACCCUCCCCUCCCACCCCUGCGCCAGGACCCUCUCCCCCCGAGCCGGUAGCACAGAAGACGGUGUUGGAGCAGUUGUUUGAACGGAAACUUGUUGAGGGAGACCUCUGGUACGUGGUGGUAGCAGAGUGGCUGGAGCAUCUCAAACGAUACGUGGGUCUCUCCAGCACGAGAAAGUACUACCCUAAGCGCGUUACCACCCCAGGGGCGAUCGUCACACGGCGAGACUACGCACAUACUGCCGACGUAGUACACGAAGAUGCGUGGAGGAUGCUGAUUCAGUGGUAUGGGUUGUCGGAGGGGCACAAGCCGAUGAAGCUAGUGGUGUAUCACUACUCGAGGGCUGCUGAAAUAGAACACAAUCAAAAUUCCUUCAAGGUGAUGCUGUCGAAUUCUCCCCCGGAAGACUUCCAUAACGUGAGGUUCAGCAAGAUGGAGAAGGUUGGCCACGUGGAGUGGAAGAUACGGGAGUUAUACCACAUCCCCCAGGAUAAGACGACACGGAUGUGGGCGAAGGCGGACGUCGACAGUGACUGGCGGUCAGUCUUCUACAGAGACAAGACCAUAGGUCGAAGUCUUGACAUUGACUCAGAUUUCACUCGACCGAUUGUUGCGCUGGAGGUGUCAGAUCCAGAUGGGAUCUGGAACACAAACCCCGAGAACACGGAGUCUGUCAGGACAGCCCCAUCGGACCCCCUCGUCGAUCACGACAUCUUCGAAGACGUGACGAGCACGUGGGAGAUAGACAUCCACGACCAGAUCGACCACAUUGGAAAGUCCUUUCUGGAAAAGUUGCAUUCAAGCUACAACGUUUUCGUCCAGCGCGCCAAAGACUACGUGGAUGAACGUGAGAGUCGACUGAGACAUCGUGAACGUGACAUGAGUACGCGCGAGAGGAACAUCGACCUGAUGUCUAUCCGUCUAGAGGACCGUGAACGACGUCUCCACACCGAACUCGUCACGUGUGAAGAGAAGAUAAGAGAGUACGAGCGGCUGAGACUUGACCUUGAACGUGACUUCCGGGACCGAAUGGAGGAAGCGGAAGUGGGUGUUAGAAAGAAACAAGAUGAAAUGGACCGAGAAAGAGAACAGAUGGAGGCUGACAGAGCCAGGUUCGAAUCUGAAAUUAAGAGGAUGUCAGAGAUGUAUAAGAUUCAGGACAGUCGGAUCAAGCUCGACAUCGGCGGCCAUCUGUUCACGACGUCGUUGUUGACCUUAACGAAGGACCCCGACUCCAUGUUGGCUGCCAUGUUUAGCGGGAGGCACGAGCUGAAACGAGAAUUGGACGGGAGUUUCUUCAUAGACCGAGACGGCACCCACUUCCGGUAUAUACUGAAUUACCUCAGAGACGGUUGUAUCAAGGAAGGUAUCCUUCCGCAGAACGAAAAUCUGUGGCGGGAGCUACUUACCGAGGCGGAGUACUAUCAGUUGAGUGGUUUGGUCGACUAUCUCAGUUCUCUUCUCUACGGCAAAACUUACACAAAAGAUGGCGAUACGUUUGUUUGAAGCUUUACCGGGUGUUUUCACAAGGGACCUUCGAUGAUGAUGGGUCAACGUGUGCUAUGCCUACGUCACGAUAUCUGGAGAGACACUUCACCCAACAGCAGAUUCUGGGCUCCUUGUGUUACACAUGCUGGUGAUACUAGUGAUGCCACGAGGAGUUAACCUGUUCUGGAAUACAGGUUAUAUUGCAGCCGAACUGUUAAGCGCCUGGAAUGUACCAUAGUAUACUACUAUUACACCAUACUCCAUGUCUUUAGCCAUCAAACGAGUCUAAGACCCGGUUCGAUUCCCCACAUGGGUACAAUAUGUGAAGCCCAUUUCUGGUGUCCCCAGCCGUGAUAAUGCUGAAAUAUUGCUAAAUGCGGCGUAAAACCAAAUUCACUCACGCAACUAUUGCUGCUUACUGCGGGGUUUGGUUUUAAUGGGGGAAUAUUGCUGAUCGCAUGAACCACUUGUUUGACAUAUAGUUACUUGUUUGACAACUCAUUGUAAUAGCUGAAUAUUGCUGUUUGAUGCUUAAAGAAAGAACUGGACAGAUCCUGUGGGUUAGUGGUCUUGGACACUGCAAUUUAUUGUGCAGAGUUGCGUCCCUUUCAUACUCAUGCGAUGUUUCGGUGACGUUGGUUCAGUAUGUUAUAAACGCCUUCGCCAUGUAGCAUAAAUUUAGUACAAUUGAAAACAGCGUUAUAACCUAACUCACUCUUGGUCAGUGUUAAAAUGAAAAUGACAACGAACACACAGGCUAAAGAGACUAUGGAAGUAUUUACAUUCAAAUCUUCGGAUUCAACAAAUCUGUUUUCGUAUUUGCGCCUGCUGUUUUUACCACCUGCCAAACCCAUCUCCAGGCGACGGUGAACGUCAAGGUGUGUCAUAUGGAUACUAUCGCGAACUUUUCGAGGUGAAGGUGACGUGUUUUUUUAUCUGGAGUUGCAUCUGAUGGUGAGUGGGUGAGUUGGGUUUUACGCCACUUUCAACAUUCCAGCAAUAUCGAGGCGGUGGACACCAGGAAUUGACUCUCACAUUGUGCCCAUAUGGGAAUCGACCCCAGGACUUCUGCGUGACGAGCGCACCCUUUAAACAUCUAGGCCCAUAUGAUGGUGAAGAACAGUGUUUCUAUGAACAAUAACACAAUGUACUAACAGUCAGGUUGUAUGGAAAAUAAAAUUACUAUGUUGAUUUUUUUUAUGUACAUAAAUAACAUUGUUCUU